GCCGCUCUGGAAACCGCGUUUCCGCAUUCGGUCUGCACUCAUGCUUCUUUCCCAAAGUUGGGCAAGAAUCGGAUCCCGCUCAGUACUCGGUUUGCAUCUCUGACAUGGAGAAACUGCUCUCAUUUGGAGAUGUGGCCAUUGAUUUCUCUGCAGAGGAGAGGGAAUGCCUGGACCUUGCUCAGUGGAAUCUGUACAGGGAAGUGAUGCUGGAGAAUUACAGCCACCUUGUGUUCCUGGGUCUUGCUGUCUCUAAGCCACAUCUGAUCACAUUGCUUGAACAAAGACAAGAGCCUUGGAGUGUGAAGAGACGAGUGGGCGCACACCCAGGAUCAAAAUCACUGCUUGUUCAACACCAGAGAAUUCAUACAGGAGAGAAACCCUACAAAUGUGAACAGUGUGGCAAAGCUUUUAACUAUUCUUCCAGCCUUAAACAACAUCAAAGAAUCCAUACUGGAGAGAAACCCUACAAAUGUGAAGAGUGUGGCAAAACUUUUACUGCUUGUUCAAGCCUUGUUGUUCACCGAAGAGUUCACACUGGAGAGAAACCCUACAAGUGUGAAGAGUGUGGCAAGGCAUUUAAUGUUCUCUCAACGCUUUUGAACCACCAGAGGAUUCAUACCGGAGAGAAACCUUUCAAAUGUGAAGAAUGUGGCAAGGCGUUUAAUGGUCGCUGCAUUCUUUCUAAACACCAGACGAUCCAUACUGGAGAAAAACCCUACAAAUGUGAAAAAUGUGGUAAAGCUUUUAACUGUUCUUCCAGCCUUAACCAACACCAACAAAUACAUAUUGAAGAGAAACUCUACAAAUGUGACGAGUGUGGCCAGGCCUUUACUUUUGCUUCAUACCUGCAGAAGCAUCUGAAAAUCCACAUUGGCGAGAAACCCUACAAAUGCAAGGAAUGUAGCAAGGCCUUUUACUGUUCUUCCAAUCUUAUUUGCCAUCAGAGAGUUCAUACUGGAGAGAAACCGUAUAAAUGUGAUGAGUGUGGAAAAGCCUUUAGCAUUUAUUCAUCCUUUAUGAUACACCAGAGAAUUCAUAGUGGAGAAAAACCCUAUAAGUGCAACGAAUGUGACAAAGCCUUUAAUAACCGUCAUAAUCUAACUCGACACCAAAGAAUUCAUACUGGAGAGAAACCCUACAAAUGCAAAGACUGUGGCAAAGCCUUCACUCGUACUACAAGCCUUACUCAACAUGAAAGAAUUCACACUGGGGAGAAGCCCUACAAAUGUGAUGACUGUGGCAAAGCUUUUACCUCUUCCUCAAACCUUAAACAUCAUUGCAGACUCCAUAGUAGAGAAAAGCCCUAUAAAUGUGAACAACUUAGCAAUACUCUUAAAACUUGUACAGGCUUUACUAAACACAACAGAAUUCAUACUAGAGAAAAUCCAGAUUAAUGCACACUGUUACAAAGCCUUCAAUAAUGUUCACCUAUAAUUCAGUACAGUAAGAAUAAUUCGAUACAAUAAAAUUGCAAGGAAUUUACUAAUAAUUCAACCCUUCUUCAACACCAUCAAUUUAGUACUGGACAGACCUUGUAAAGGCAAAGGAGGUGUCUCAACUGUUGAAUAGUUAUUUUAUACACACCAUCAAAAUAUUACAUAUGAGAGAAAUCCUACAAAUUUAAUAUACAUGGGAAAUCCUUUAUUCUUCACAACAUAAUCACCAGAAGUAUUGUUGAGAAACUCUUCCAAUACAAUGUGGCUAAGCCUUUAAGCAAGGGCAGAUCUUCAUUAACUGUGAGUGAAUUCCACAGAAACUGUACACAUGUACACUGGAAGAUCAUUUUCAAAUAUAUAAACAUGAAAAGAGAAAAUUUGCUACACUAGAAAUCACUGUGUAAAUGGUGUAGCAAUCAUUACCCAAUCACUUACUUCUAAAGAAAUAUAUGGAAAUUAUUGGAGACAAAUCCUGUGAAUUGUAUUGGCUGUGUUGGUUAGUUUGUGUUGGCACAAAUUAGAGAUACCUGGGAAGAAAGAACAUGAAUUGAAUUGUCUAUCA